GUGUGUGUGUGUGUGUGUGUGUGUGUGUGUGUGUGUGUGUGUGUGUGUGUGUGUUUAUGCGUGUGUGUGUGUGUGUUUGUGUUUUGUGUGUGUAUGCGUGUGUAUGUGUAUGCGUGUGUGUGUUUGUGUAUGCGUGUGUUUAUGCGUGUGUGUGUGUGUUUAUGCGUGUGUGUGUGUGUUUGUGUUUGUGUGUGUAUGCGUGUGUGUGUUUGUGUUUGUGUAUGUGUAUGCGUGUGUGUGUGUGUGUGUGUAUGCGUGUGUUUAUGCGUGUGUGUGUGUGUUUGUGUUUGUGUGUGUAUGCGUGUGUAUGUGUAUGCGUGUGUGUGUUUGUGUUUGUGUAUGUGUAUGCGCGUGUGUGUGUGUGUGUGUGUGAUGCCUCCACAGAUCAUGGAGCAGAGCUCGUGCACUGAGGACCGGAUCCAGCACCUCCUGGAGCGCUGCCUCUGUGACCUGGGCCUCAACACUCCAGACAAAGCUCUGUGGAACGCUUCUUUCUGGACGACGCCGUCGUUAUUUCCACUGAAACCCAGUGAAGAGGGAACUGAGCCGAGGUUCUGUUCUGCCUCUGCAGCCGGGCUGUGCAUAGGUCGCUGGUGUUUGGAGGAACUAGUGAAGAGAGAUCCCAACCACUUCCUCAUCCUCCUGCAGAAAAUACUGAUGAAAACAAAAGAGGUUCUGGAGCGAUGUCAGUACGAGCUGGUGGUGCCGCUGUGCCUGCUCUUCUCCUCCACCCUCCUCAGUGCUCCGUAUGUGGCUCCUGAAUGCGUGGUUCUGCAGGAGGCCUCCAUCUUGUUCCGCCGCUUCCUGUCGUGGCCGGACCCCUGCUGCUCCGCCAGCAAACACCUGCUGCUGGUCAUCCAGCAGGAGCUCAGGGCUCCAGGCAUUUCCUUUCAGAGGCUAGUGAGGGCAGAGCAGGGAGCGUCCCCGGGCAUCCUCGGCUCCAGAACCAUAACAGUGCUGUUGCUGAACCCAGAGGAAGACGUCCCCCCAGAGGUCCGGUCCGUCUCGGACCAGCUGAGCGGCUCCCAGCAGUCCAGCUCAGAUGUGGCCAGCACCCUGAUCCAACACGGCCUCCAGGCGGUUCUGGGCGCCAAGCAUGACCCGCGGGCGCUGCACGCCGUGCUGCAGACCAAGCGGGCCGAGGAGCUGGAUCAGCUGCUGGAAGCAGUGACUGAGAGCAUGGAGCGGGCAGCGUCAACGGCGGAUCCACACGCAGCCAGACGGGCUCUGUCCAGCAGCAUGGAGAGAAUCAGAGGAAGCCUGGUUCCGGCCGACAGAACCUCAGACCCUGGGGCCGUGGAGACCUUCACACUGCCCUUCCCUAAGUGCCACACCUGCUCCUGGGAGAACGACACCUUUGGUACCUGGUUCUUCUCACUCAUUCGCUCGGAACCUGCUGCUUCCUUAACGCGCGGCGUGUCUGCAGGUGUUCUGUCCGACAUCCUGACGAGCGACCUGGACUCACUCGCCGACUGCUUCAGUAAAGCAGAGCUGGACGAGGACGACGUCCUAGACACCAGUGUAGACGAGGAGGACGAGGCGGAGGCGCCCGGAGCGGACCUCCAGAACCAUCGCAUCUCUACCACCUCGUCCUCCUACAGGGACUCCACGCUUUCCGGCUGGUCGGUUCCGACCACUUCUUCAGGCGUGGAGAGCGACUUCAGCGAAGACACGGAGGAGAGACCGGACCGACAGCCCCGGCUCCGGAGGAAACCCAAAAAGAAGUCCCGAUCCCUGCUGGGCAUCGAGCGCUUCUCCAUGCUCUUCAAGACCCCACGCAGCCCCAGCGCCUGCCGCCGGGCCCAGAGCAUGGCCUACCACAGCAUCUCCUGCCAGGACGCCCACGGAACCAGGACCCAGACCAAACCCGGCAGGUGGGCCCGACCCAGACAGGUGCACCCUCUGCAGCUGCCGCCGGCCGCCUUCCCCCAGAGACACGUGUGCGUCCGCAGGAGGCCCAUCCUGAGCUGCAGCGACCCGGAUGUGGCGGCGCCGCCCACCCUGGUCCGGGUGGUGGUGUUCGGGGGCGACAGAGAGGCCGGCAGGCUGGCCCGGGCCUACAGCGACCUGCAGCAGAAGGAGAACAAGAGCCCGCGGCUCACCAAGAUGUGCAAACUGCAGUUCUACUUGGUUCCCAGCAGGAGGAGAACCCCUGGAGGUCCGGCACCCACGGAGGGCCAGGCAGGAGGUUCCACCAAAGCGUGUGCGGACUCCAACGGCGCCGCGCUGGAGGACAGCACCGCGGACGUAGCCCAGAUGCUGGGGAUGCUGGACCCCUGGUACGAGAGGAGCAUCCUCAGCCUGCUCAGCCUGCCCCCCCACGUCCUGGGUCAGAGCGGCUCCAAGGACGGGGACGUCUCUGAGGCCGGCGCCAGCGACGAGCGGCUCCCUCUGCUGGCCGACAUGAUGCUUUACUACUGCAGGCACGCACAGCAGCCGGUUCUGGUCCAGCUCUACCGGGCCGAGCUGACGCUGGCUGGAGGAGACAGGAGGACGGAGGUGUUCGUUCACUCGCUGGAGCUGGGCCACUCUGCAGGAACCAGAGCUGUUAGGGCCAUGGGUGCUGCCAGUAAACGGUUGGGGAUCAAUGAAGAACGUGAAGCCAUUCCUUUAUCACUACGUGUUGCCUACAGCAAGGUGGCCGUGAGCGGGAGGAGUCGGUGGACGGAGGGAGAGACCGUCUGCACCUCCAUCAAUGUCUUCAAAGCCUGCAGGAAGCCGGAGCAGCUGGGUUCCAGAAUAGAAAGUCUGCAGCUGGUGAUGACUGAAGUGGUGAAGAGGCAAAGCUCCAAGUCCAAGAAGUGCCACAACCAGCACAUCUCUGUAACAGAGAUAAAGGUGGACAAGGUGAAGGUGGACGCGGGAGAUGACGGGACCACAUUCGCUGUGUGUCUGGACCAGGAUGAGAAGAAGUUCAUCCAAAGCGUCACCAGGUGUGAGGUGUCUCUGUGCUGUAAAGCCGGCAGCAGCUCAGACUGGAGGACCUACCAGGCGCUGCCGGGCCAAGUGCAGCCUCUGCACCCGUCCUACUGCUCCCUGCUGUGCCUGCCCAUCACCUGCUUCUCUGCCCCUCAGGCCUGAGCAGCACCAGAACCCUGGACACGAUCGGAGCCAUGAGCGGCCGGUAGAGACGACCCGGAGCACGAGGCAGCGUCGAUGCUCCAUAGGACGAGCUUCACUUCACUUUCAGAGUAAAAGAAAGGAGUCUGUGACCAUGAGAGACGAGAGAUUAAUGAUCUGACAUUCAGUUUGUUUGAUUCUUUGCUUUGGUUCUUUUCUUGAAGCGCUGCUGAGUCCAUUCUGUUUGUUCUUUGAUCCAUCACAGUAAAAUUAAAAGUAAGUGUUUAAUGAAGAUAAGCUAUUUAUUUGAUGCUGGUGGAAAUGUUUUAUGUUUUUUUAAAUUUCCUGUAUUUCAACGUGUUUUUAUACGAGACUCAACUGAAAUAAAAGGAACCUUGUUUUUCCUGAGA